AUGUUCCUUUCAAAAAAUGAUAUUGACGUAGCCCUAGUAAGCGAAACUUGGUUCAAGCCAAACGAUACUAUCAGAUAUCAUGGCUACAAUAUUGUAAGGAGGGACAGAAUUGAUGGCAAAGCUGGUGUAGCCAUUUUUGUGAAAAAAGGUAUAAAAUUUUGUGAAAUAUCAUUUUCAAAUAAUUUUAAUGAUGAUAUACUUGUAUGCGGGAUAAAUCUUAUUAACCAAACAUUUGAUUUAACUUUGUUAUCUAUAUACAGGCCCCCGAACAUCAAUUCAACAGCUGGUGAUUGGGACACAAUCUUCUCUAAUACCAGCAUAUCUUCUAUUAUUGGUGGAGACUUUAAUGCACACUCUCAUCUCUGGGGAUCCUCAUUUAAUAAUUCCAUAGGUUAUCAGUUGAUAAAUAUAUGCGAAUCAAAGAAUUUAGUCGUUAUGAACGAUGGUUCGCCUACUAGGCUUGUAGCUCCAAAUCAGCAAGUAACUGCUCCAGAUGUUACAAUCUGCUCCCGAGAUAUUGCACAAAUAAGUCAUUGGCAACUUACUUCUGAUACAUUAGGUUCGGACCAUUUUCCUAUUCUUAUGUUUAUUCCUCUAUCUUUCCAAGUAUAUGACACAAUCUAUCCUAAGUAUAAGUGGAAUAUGAAAAAAGCCAAUUGGUGUUUGUAUCAUGACUUAUUGGAAGAUAUUUUCGAUUCUACUCCAGAAUUUUACUCCACUCAAAGUAAAUACGAUUAUCUCAUUGAAAAGAUCAAUGAUGUUAGCGAGAUCUCCAUCCCUAUACUAAGGCCAUUUAAAGCUAAGAAACGGCCACCCCCUCCUUGGUGGGAUGAACAGUGUAUAAGUGCCAUAGCACAAAGGACCUCAGCUUUAGCAACGUACAAACAGGACAGUUCUUUAGCCAACUUCGUCCACUGCAAGAAGGUAUUUGCUGAAACAAAGAAACUCUUCAAACAAAAAUCAAAAAAUAGCUGGAAAGCAUGGAUAUCUAAGUUGAAUAAAAAUACGUCAUCAACCGAUCUCUGGAAACAGGCUAAAAUCAUCAGAAGGAUACCCAUGGGAAAGAAAGCAUCAACUAAUUCUGAUUGGGCAGACGACUUCCAUAGAAAAUGCUCUCCGUCCUUCGUGGCUGCAGAAGUCGUACCUCCCCCACGUUUACAUCAAGACAACUUUUUCAGCAGACCUUUCAACAUGACGGAACUAAAUCUUGCAGUUAAAAAUACCAGAAACACAUCACCUGGCUGCGAUGAUAUCACAUAUCCAAUGCUCGUGAACCUCCCAUCUAAUGCAAAACUAUUCCUUCUGGAUAUAUUUAACAACAUUUGGCUGAAUGCAGACACAAUUAGCCAAUGGAAAAACAUCGUUAUAGUUCCAAUUUUGAAGCCAAACAUGGAUCCCAAUUGCGCUGACUCAUAUCGCCCGAUAUCUCUUUUAUCCUGCGUCAUGAAGACUUAA